AUGGUGAAUUUCACAGUAGACGAGAUCAGGACGAUGAUGGACAAGAAGCGGAACAUCCGCAACAUGUCCGUCAUCGCCCACGUCGAUCAUGGCAAGUCCACGUUGACGGACUCGCUCGUCUCCAAAGCCGGUAUUAUUGCCAAUGCCAGAGCCGGCGAAACCCGUUUCACCGAUACCCGCAAGGAUGAACAAGACCGAUGCAUCACCAUCAAAUCCACUGCUAUCUCUAUGUUCUUUGAACUGGAAGAGAAGGAUCUGGUCUUCAUCACAAACCCUGACCAAUGUGAGAAGAAUCAAAAGGGUUUCUUAAUUAACCUUAUUGAUUCACCUGGCCACGUCGACUUCUCAUCUGAAGUAACAGCUGCUCUCCGUGUAACUGAUGGUGCUCUUGUGGUUGUUGAUUGUGUUUCUGGUGUGUGUGUACAAACUGAGACUGUAUUGCGUCAGGCCAUCGCUGAACGUAUCAAGCCUAUUCUGUUCAUGAACAAGAUGGACCGUGCCCUUCUUGAACUCCAGCUUGACACUGAGGAACUGUACCAGACAUUCCAACGUAUUGUUGAAAAUGUAAACGUUAUUAUUGCUACUUACAAUGAUGAUGGUGGACCAAUGGGUGAGGUGCGUGUCGACCCUAGCAAGGGGUCUGUGGGCUUUGGUUCUGGUCUUCAUGGCUGGGCAUUUACCCUCAAGCAAUUUUCGGAGAUGUACGCUGACAAGUUUAAGAUAGACCUUGUCAAGCUUAUGGGCAGGCUAUGGGGAGAGAACUUCUUCAAUGCCAACACUAAGAAAUGGUCAAAACAGAAGGAUGCUGACAACAAGCGUUCUUUCUGUAUGUAUGUGCUGGAUCCGAUCUACAAGGUGUUUGAUGCAAUUAUGAACUUCCGCAAGGAGGAGAUUGAUAACCUUCUGAAGAAACUUAACAUUGCUAUCAAGCAUGAAGAUGCUGACAAGGAUGGCAAAGCUCUACUCAAGGUGGUGAUGAGGACCUGGCUGCCAGCUGGUGAAGCUCUUCUUCAGAUGAUUGCUAUCCACUUGCCAUCACCUGUAGUUGCACAGAAAUAUCGUAUGGAGAUGCUCUACGAAGGCCCUCAUGAUGAUGAGGCUGCCAUUGGUAUUAAGAACUGUGACCCUGAAGCACCUCUCAUGAUGUAUAUAAGCAAAAUGGUACCAACCUCGGACAAGGGCCGUUUCUAUGCCUUCGGACGUGUGUUCUCUGGAAAGGUCGUAACUGGACAGAAGGCUCGUAUCAUGGGACCGAACUACCAGCCUGGCAAGAAAGAGGAUCUGUAUGAGAAGACCAUCCAGCGUACAAUCCUCAUGAUGGGACGUUAUGUAGAAGCAAUUGAAGAUGUGCCCUCUGGUAACAUCUGUGGUCUAGUCGGUGUUGACCAGUUCCUGGUGAAGACUGGUACCAUUACUACCUACAAGAAUGCACAUAACAUGAAGGUCAUGAAAUUCAGUGUAUCGCCUGUUGUGCGUGUAGCUGUCGAGCCCAAGAACCCGGCUGAUCUGCCGAAACUGGUGGAAGGUCUUAAGCGUUUGGCCAAAUCUGACCCUAUGGUACAGUGUAUCAGUGAAGAGUCUGGAGAGUACAUCGUCGCUGGAGCUGGAGAGCUGCAUCUUGAAAUCUGUCUUAAGGACUUGGAAGAAGAUCAUGCCUGCAUUCCCAUCAAGAAAUCUGACCCUGUGGUGUCAUACCGUGAGACGGUCAAUGAAGAAUCUGAUCAGAUGUGUCUGUCCAAGUCGCCCAACAAGCACAACCGUCUGUUCAUGAAGGCUCAACCGAUGCCUGAUGGUCUGCCUGAGGAUAUUGAUGAGGGUCGCGUGAACCCACGUGAUGACUUCAAAACCCGUGCCCGUUACCUCGGCGAAAAGUACAAUUAUGACGUAACUGAAGCCCGUAAAAUCUGGUGUUUCGGUCCUGAAGACACUGGCCCUAACAUUCUUGUGGACUGCACGAAGGGAGUACAGUAUCUUAACGAGAUUAAGGAUUCCGUAGUGGCUGGUUUCCAAUGGGCUACUAAGGAAGGUGUCAUGGCAGAAGAGAAUUUGAGAGGUGUCCGUUUCAACAUUUAUGAUGUUACCUUGCAUACUGAUGCUAUCCAUAGAGGUGGUGGCCAAAUCAUUCCAACUACAAGGAGAUGUCUAUAUGCCUGUCUGUUGACUGCCAAGCCUAGGAUCAUGGAGCCUGUCUACUUGUGUGAGAUUCAGUGUCCUGAAGUCGCCGUAGGAGGUAUCUACGGUGUGCUGAACAGACGUCGUGGUCACGUGUUUGAGGAGUCUCAAGUUGCGGGAACCCCCAUGUUCGUCGUCAAGGCGUAUUUACCUGUCAACGAGUCGUUCGGCUUCACGGCUGAUCUGCGUUCCAACACUGGAGGACAAGCUUUCCCGCAGUGUGUGUUCGAUCACUGGCAAAUCCUGCCUGGUGACCCAAGCGAGCCUGGUAGCAAACCUUACGUGGUUGUUCAGGAUACAAGAAAAAGGAAAGGACUGAAGGAGGGUCUCCCAGACCUAAGUCAAUACUUGGACAAGUUGUAA